CCAGGUUCACUGAUUAUUUAUUACAUGCAUAAUUCAUGAGGCGAUUGUUCACAGUUGGCGCGUCCCCGCUGCUGAGCAACAAGAUGGCGGCCGCCGCCGGAUCAGGCGUGAAAGUCCCCCGUAACUUCCGGCUGCUGGAGGAGCUUGAGGAGGGUCAGAAGGGUGUUGGAGAUGGGACAGUGAGCUGGGGUUUGGAGGAUGAUGAGGACAUGACCCUCACACGCUGGAGAGGAAUGAUCAUCGGACCCCCUAGGACCAUCUAUGAGAACAGGAUGUACAGCCUAAGAGUAGAAUGUGGACCAAGAUAUCCAGAAACGCCUCCUUUUGUUCGUUUUGUGACAAAGAUCAACUUGAAUGGAGUGCAUAACUCAAAUGGUGUGGUUGACAUGCGAGCUGUAUCCUCACUGGCCAAGUGGCAGAAUUCGUACAGCAUCCGUGUGGUCCUGCAGGAGCUGCGACGACUCAUGAUGUGCAAAGAGAACAUGAAGCUGCCGCAGCCUCCCGAAGGACAGAUCUACAGCAACUGAGCUCAGAGCUUCUCCUUCAUCCUCUCUACCUUCAUCCAGAAAACAUUCACACACGCAAGGCUGAGCAUUCCUCCUCCUCCUCUUCCUCCUCCUUCUCCUUCUCCUUCUCCUCCUCCUCCUUCUCCUUCUCCUUCUCCUUCUCCUUCUCCUCCUCCUCCUCCUCCUCCUCCUCCUCCUCCUCUCUGGACUCAUGAGAUUCCCUGUUCUCCUCUCUCUUCCUGACCACUCCCUAUGUGCUGCAGCAACCAAUGAGCAGUCCUGCUUCAGGAGCUCCCAUUGGACAGAAACGAUGGAUGUAGUGGUGUGCACAGCAGAAUACUGUACAUCAUUCUAAUCUUUUUUUAAAUGUUUAUUUGUUAUACAUGCAAAUUGUAAAAAUAACAAAUGAUCUUAUUGAGUGUAAUUUGUGUGCCCUCAUUUGAGAAUAGUUCUGCAAGUGAAAAUGAAUUUGUGCUAUCAUGUAACAUGCUGUGUGGUGGGAAUAUUAAGAUUUUAUCUUUU